AUGUCUCGGCGGAACCCACCUCGCGAGUACUACGAGGAGGAGGAAUUCGAGGUCGAACGGGAGCGAGAUCGAUAUCCACGGUCACGCAGACGAGAGCGUGAGUUUGAUGAGGAUAUCGAGUAUCGCCGACGCAGAUCAAUGCCGCCCGUCGAAGAUCUAGAGCGCAUGCAUCUUCGAGAUCGUCCACCCCGCGACCUCGUCCGAGAGAGCUUUGCCCCGUCAAGAGACCGGGGCCCCAUGAUAAGAAGAGGAAGAGAUGAUCUGGACGAGGCGCUACCAGGACCCGACCCAGAGGAUGUACAGCUGCGCCCAUCACGACGGCAUGGUAGUCAAAGUCACCGGCCCCGGGAAGUCGUCGAGGAAGAGGAAUCUGAGCUGAUAAUCAGGGAACGCGAAAGACGCGGCAACCGACGAUAUCGGAGACCGCGUGACCUGGAAGAAGAGGAUAUGGUUAUCCGCCAUAGGGAGCGAGCUAGCGAAGGGGACUUGAGACCCAUGGAGAAGGUGUACGAAGACGAGCGGGAAGAAGUCUACUUCAGAUCCUCAUCCAGACCUCGGCGCAGACCGUCGCGCCGCGAGGUUGAAUUUGAAGAACGGAUUAUUGACGACAGAGAACAAGAACGGCCGCGGGGACCACGCCGCCGCGCAGAGCCGACAUUCGAAGAAGAAUUGGUUAUGCAAUGGAAGGAUAGACCAACGCGACGAGAACUGGAAGAAGAGGAAGAAAUACGGCUACGGGAAACGAGACGACGGCGACGACCUAGCCAGCCGGAGCCAAGAUAUGUGCGGGGACCUCCACCACGAGAAUCGCCUGGCGAUUGGCCUGCUGAGAGGGAGGAUGAAGAGGAGGAAGUCCGUAUUCGAGAGCGGAGACGCUCGAGGCCACGGCGUCGGGAGAUUGAGGACGAAGAGGAUCUUAUUAUCCGUCGAGAGGAGCGAGAUCGGGAGCGUGGUAGGGAUAGUGCUGAGAGUGAUGAGAUACGCAUUCGAAAGAGCAAACGGAGGUCACCACCGCGAGAACCGUCCUCGUCUCCGGAGCCUAUCCGGGCUCCUCCAAUUCACCAGGACGUUAUCACACAUCAUCGUCAUAUUGAUCACGGGUUUGACACAUCUCGUCCACCGCGGGCUCCCAGUCAAGAGGCACCUUCUUCGCGAAGCAGCUUUGACGAAAUAGACAUCCGCCAUCGUAGCAAAAAGGGAAAUCGAGGCCGCAAGUCAGAGGAAGAAAUCGUCUUCAAACAUCGCGACAAGGGAGAAUCUGUGUCACCAACCAGUAGCCCAUCUCUCGAGUUCAAUGAGCCCUGGAAACCGGACCGUCUACCUUCACGUCGUAACCGUAAGUCGAGAUCACUGGACGACGACGAUAGCGCGUCAUCAGUCGCAGGAAGCUCGCAUGUUCCCUCGCGUCGGGAUCUAUCCCGACGCCUUGAAAUCGAAGAAGAUGAAAUAGAGGAGGAGAUCAAGAUUCACAAGAGGAAAUCCAAACACCGCUCGCCUCUCGAAAAGAUUACCAAAGAAACCACCGACGAGUGGUCUGUCGUCCAUGCACCCUCAAAAGAAGACGUACCCGAAAUGUCUGGAGCCCUCGAAGUCGUCGAAGUCGCACCCAAGGGCGCCGUAGAAGAAGAGCUCGAAGUCCAAGGACGCCUCAAGCAGCAGGUCGUGAAAGAGCGCCGCAAUGAGCGCUGGACAGAAAUUACCAAGGAUCUAGUCAUCCGCGAAGCCAUCGAACGACUUGGUUAUGAAUUUGAGGAGACAAGGGCAUAUUAUUAUAUUUUCUCAUUUCUCGAACCGGCUGAUAUCGACGAACUUGUCAACCUGUCCGAUGACAUUCGGUACGCGAGACGUCGCCGGAUUAGAGAGAUGGAACGCGAGCGUGCUGAAAAGCCACCCCGACCUAUCUCCCUCGUGGAUAGGAUGCCUCCUCGUCCGCGGAUGAUUGGGAAGAGGCAUAUACGAGAGCGGGAGUGGAUUGUUGAUGAGCGGAUGCGAUGA